UAGAUACCAGCGGUGCUUCAUCGUCUCUCCCAGCAUAGGAAAGCCUGAGCUCAAGCUCACGAUAUCGUCCGAAUCAGCCCUAGCCGUUCUUUCCAUCAAAUCCACCAAUUCCGCAAGCGCUGGAUCUGCGAGCGCUUGCAUCACAGCCGUCCUGUCCGCUUGUUUUCGGUCAUCGUAUAAGGACGUAACGGCUGUCGCGCUAUUGCCAGAACGACUGGCACCCGUGUUCGGUGGGUAGGAGGGUGGAGUCGAGGAAGGUACCGAAGAGAUGCUGCUAUCACUAACCAUUGUAGAGGCGUACGUAGGUUGAGGUUCGAACGGGUUCGCAAAGUUCAUCUGUUAAUGAGCCGCGCAGCUUGAGGCAGCCUUUGCCCAUUUACGCUCUCGACAACGUUGCACAAAGUUAUUGCAGUCUUACAGGAUUCCUGCUCUGACUGACUUUUGCGUAACUUGUACACCGAACCUCAAGUGUUACGAAAACGCUCUACUCCUUACAUUGGGUUCCAACCCCCCAUCCAUCGCAUCUCAACAUUGUGCAAUGGAGCAACCUGCACCCAUCCGACCUCGGACAACGCGAAGCGAUGUUGUACAAGCUUUCGAAGUGUUAUCUUGUCACACCACCAAGGAACGGUUUACGAUCGGCGAAGGCGGUUGGAGUGCUGGCCAGUUGUCCGCCGUUACGCAAUGCAGCUACAGUCGUGUCGCGACAGAGGUGCGCCCGGUGUGAGUGACACGAACAUUGCAAAUGCUGCGAAUGCAGAAGAGCGCCAUUGUGCGAUGGAACGUAGAAGGAAUGUGAGGGGUGACUGGAGGAUUGCGGUGUUGCGGCGCUUC